AUGGAUUUAAGUAGUAAACAAGAAAUUGAACCUAUUUUAUUAUCUAAUGGUGAAAAAGUAGCUAUUAAUCAUCAACUACUUAGAGUAUUAAUUUUAGCUAAUGCUCCAUUAUCAUUCAUAGAAGAUGCUGAAGUAAUUAAAUUAUUUCGCAUAUUAAAGCCUGAAUAUAAGCUUCUUUCUCGUAAAUGGAUAAGCAUAGAUGUUUUAGAUAAUAUACAUGAAAAUGUGCAGUGUAAUAUUCAACGUUUUAUAUCUGAUUCAAUGUUUUUAACACUAUCUGGUGACAGAUGGACGAAUGUUUCAAAAAACAAAUUAGCUCGUAAUGAAACUUUAAAACUUCAAUAUCCAUAUAUCACCCAUUGGGCAACAUUUACAAAAGCAUCAGAAACUAUAUUACAAAUUCAAACAAAAAGCAAUCUCAUUAGUAUAAUUAAUGAUAAUGAAUUCUGGAUAAAUCUUGAAUCAUUUCAUGCAUUAUUAAAACCAUAUGAUUAUGUUAUAAAAAUUCUUGAAACUGAAACAGCUAUAUUAGGUCAAGUAGCUGCAUCUUGGGCCUGGCUUCGUGAAACUGUUUAUAGAAGCCCAUUUACCAAUAAUGAUUUUCAAAACUCAUUAAUUCUAGAAAUUAAUAAUCGAUUAAAUCCAUCGUGGCUUUUAUAUAUUCAAGAAAAUGCAUAUAGCUUGUUUUGUACUUUUUAUCCAGAUCAUGAUCAAGAUAAAUUUAUUGAUGAAUGGUUAAAUUAUGCGAAUCAAGAGGUACCAAAUUUAAGUGAAUUUGCAUAUCGUCUUUUGUCAAUUCCACCUAACUCUGCAACUUCUGAACGGGUAUGGUCUUUAUUAGACGAUAUUCAUAUGUUUGAUGUAAAUAAUGAAGAGAAAAUUCCAAUACUCACGGAUAUUUUUGAUUCAAAAAGUGUUGAAAAAUCUCUAAAUUUUUAUGUUCAACAAUC